AUGGCUGAGGCGACACUGGGAACACUGGACUUCAGUUUGCUGUACGACCAGGAGAACAAUGCACUGCACUGCACCAUCAACAAAGCCAAGCUCCCUGUUCCCAGAUACAAAAAGGGGCUCAAGCCAAUGGACUACAAUGGGCUGUCAGACCCCUAUGUCAAGCUGCAUCUACUGCCCGGCGCCAGUAAGGCCAAUAAACUUCGAACCAAGACCCUGCACAACACGCUCAACCCCGUCUGGAGCGAGACCCUGACCUACUACGGCAUCACCGACGAGGAUAUGGUCCGAAAAACACUCAGGAUUUCGGUGUGCGACGAAGACAAGUUCCGGCACAACGAGUUCAUCGGUGAGACGCGAAUCCCCCUGAAGAAGCUGAAGCCCAACCAGACCAAGAACUUCAACAACUGCCUGGAGAAACAGUUACCUGUAAGUGUUUCUCACAUGUACAGUAGGGAAGGGAUUCAUAUGCUCCCCAUUCCUGAGUGGAUCUUCCUCUCAUCCCCAAUUUGUCACGGUUCAUGUGUCAGGUAAACCACGACGAAUGGGGCCAUAUGAAUCCCUUACUACUGUAGUAGCUGCAUGUGCUUUGUUCACCACAAUCAGCCACUUCCUGUCCCUCAUUCCAUGUGUUCGGUGUGCGAAAUCUGUACGCCUCUGUACCGUACUUACACAUUGGCCUGUUAAAAAGCUACGGUUGCAAAAUCAAAAAAAAAAUUUCCCUUGGUAUAGUCCGUACAGUACGAGUAAAGAUUAAAGUCGGAAAACCUUCAGGGAGCGUGUGGCUGCAGCGGAAGUAUCGGGACGCCUUCCCGCUGCCCACUGCAUAUGAAGGAGGCUCGUCCCUUCUCCCUCCAUUUGAAAAGGACUGUUUUGCUGAAACUUUAUUUUCUCUUCUUUUCAACAAACACAUUUCAAAACACAGUAGAAGCUCAAUUUACGAGCUUCUUUUAGGAAUCAGACUAUAUAA